CUGUUAAGGAAAAGUUGGACUUUAUUCUAUGAACGUCCUUUUAGUGUAUAAAUCCCACUGUAUAUAAAAAUAGGUUGUUUAAAAAACUGUAAAAAAAAUUUCUCAAUAACGUAAAGCAUUCUGCUUGCAAGUUAUGUCAAUAAAUGGCGUCUGUGUGGUACAGCUGAGUCACUUUGCUUCCAACCUCAGGAUGUUUGUGUGAUGUUGCAGUCCGUACGCUUGUAUAAAUAAUUCGGUAAAUGUGUUGCUUUUGUUUUGUCAUUAACCGUGGGGUAAACAUGGCAAGAGACCUGACAAGCGCAGAAGUACACAAACAGGUUGAUGAUGAAUGCGAACAACUGCAGAUUGCCUUGAAGAAACUAAAGAUGAGUGCUGAAAAUGCAUGUCCAGUGAAACAAGUGGAUGCCCUUUGCGUCACCUUGAAACACAAGCAUGAAAACCAAGAAGAAUACUUAGAAAAGGAGGACAAGGAAGACAGUAGCCAUCAUUUGCAGCGCCUGCAUCAUGGUGACAUCAGGUCCAAUGGCAACAAAGAUGCAAGCAAAAGUGUGUGUGAAAAUAGUCUUUGCAGAUGCAGUGUCUGCAGGGUUUCUCAGUCCAGGACUGGAACCAUGACAAAAGCUUUGAGUGUUCGAAAGCCCUUGCUUAGGGAGGCUAGAUUGAAGUUCCUGGCAGAGGUACCUGGGAAGCACACAGCUUCUGCUACUCGACCACGGCCUUCAGUCAAAGGCCAGAGCAUUCCUCCUACCAAGAACAAAAAAUCAGAGCCGAGUCUUGGUCAUAGUCUGUCUUGUCCAAUUCCUUUACACCAAAUUCCACCCCAGAGGUGUCCUGUGACAUCACAGAAUUCUCAUUUUUCGUUUACAGGCACACCACACCUGGUAGAUAGUUUUUCUACAUUAAACUUGUCAGUUUCAGAGAGCCAGUCAGAGCUACAUUUUAGGGGCAGUUAUCGUGACACAGAUGCCAGGCUGCCUUCAUCACAAACUUUAAGAGUGCAUUCUGCUGUUUCUGCAUUGGCUUCACAGGUCGCCAAUUCAACAGCAGCAGGAGCAACCUGUGUCUCCAGGCAAGAUCUGCCCAUAGAGCGUAGCUGCUCACAGGAAGCACGUUUAGAUGAAAUGAGUGUCAAUGAGCUCGCAGCAUAUUUUGAUGACUUUAUUUACAUCCCAAAGAAAAUGUCCUCGAUGGCAGAGAUGAUGUAUACCUAGUUGUUAAAAACCUAGAGUCUGUAAGUAAUGGAUGGCAGAGAUGAUGUACACCUAGUUGUUUAACCCUAGAGUCUGCAAGUAAUGGAUGUAAACAAUAGACCACUCAGAAAGACAGAUUGUGGAUUUACAUUCUUUAAGAUUGUCGAGAUCAGCCUAAAAAAGGCAGACAAUGAUCUCCCUAGUUACAUGUGCUCAUCCUUUUUUUUUUAAAUCUGCAAAGCUAAAAUAAUAACGUGUAUCUGGACUACUAUAUUGCUGAAGGUCUAGAGUUCUGCAUGUUGCAAUACAAAAUGUUUUUUUUUUUUUUCUCUAAGGUUUCACAUGAUUUUCAGCAUAUUAAAACUAUUUGACAAAAUCACUUUUUUCUGCCUCGCCAUCAUGUGCAUCCAUACAAUUAAUUGCUGAAUCAGAUAUGCAUACAAGAUGGUUUGGCUUCAGCGCAGUUGGAGCAGAACUACAGUUUCUCAAAAAGAAAACUGGUUUUUUAAUUUAUUUCCUAAACUGUUUUCAAUUCAGAGAACUGGGAAUGUUGAUGGGAGUACACUUCAGGAGCCCCUUUUGUGCUACCUCCGAGGUAUCUCUUAUUUCUAACAAUGCGAUGGAUUCAUAUACAUAAAGUGCAUGUAAGGUGUGGAUCUUUCGGAUAUCUGCCAACUAUUUCCUUCUAAGAAAGGAAACUGCUUUUUGUUUAUUUCCUAAUCUGACCUGCCAUAGUUGCUUUCAAUUCUGGGUAAUUCUAAGAACUGGAAAUGGUGGGAGUGCAUUUCAGGAGCCCCAGUUUUGCAGCAGAGGAUUGUGCUGCUUCUAGUUUCUAACAAUUCAGUGGAUUCACUUGGAAUGUACUUGUAGGUUGCAUGCAAUGUGGAGAUCUUUAUGAUAUCUGGCAACAGUUGUGAUCUGUGCUUGUUCUUCAUAGAUGCUUCUGCUGUGCUAUACUUCCAUAAGAAGGCCCAAGAUAUUAGAUCUACAGUCUACAUCUGUGAUUCCAGUUGUUUACCAGUCUCAACUGCUGUUACCAGAAAAAUGUUGCUGCAAAUUCUAUAGGAGCAUUUUAAUGGAAUGAUAUCUAUUUGGUCGAAUGACUAGAAAUACAUUGUGCAGGUGCAUGCAUAUUGCGUGCCUUAUGCAUUUACACGUGCCUUUAAUUCUCACAACACACUCAUGUGUGUGCACACUAUGGGAAUGCAUAGAUUCAUUCAUAUACAUGCACAUGAUUCCUUUGAUUUCUUUGAUGCACUCACAUUUAGGGCUGUGGACUCCAUGUAGCUGUUAUUCAUUACAAAGUUCAGCAGCAAAUGUUAUUGCACAUGAAUAAAAACUGAAAUGGAAUUUUUGUUUCAGCUAAAGGGUAUACAAAAAUAUUAAAGGUAAAUGUCCCUUAAAGAUUUAAAAAUGCUUGGGUUUUUUCCUGCUAUAUGCAAUUACUCUCACCUGCUUAUCCAUCAGGAAAAAAAUGCAAAUUCAAAAAAGGAUGCAAAAUAAAUGGAGUGCUGUUAUGCUGGAGAA